AUGCCAACCCUGGAUGACUUUUUAGAGCAGGUAGGAGAAUUUGAUUUCUUCCAGAAAAAAGUCCUCUUUUUUUUAAGCCUACUUUCUGCUACUUUUGUUCCCAUUUACGUGGGGAUUUUUUUCCUGGGUUUCAUCCCUGAGCACCAUUGCCGCAGCCCCGGGGUGGCUGAGUUAAGUCAGCAGUGUGGUUGGAGUCUGGAGGAGCAGUUGAAUCACACAGUUCCUGAGUGGGAUGGCCAUGGAUUCAGUUACAACAGCCGCUGCAGGAGGUACGAGGUGGACUGGAAUGCAACAGGCAUCAGCUGCACUGAGCCCCUCAGAAGCCUCGUGGGCAAUGGGAGCACUGUUCCCCUCGGGCCCUGCCGGGAUGGAUGGGUCUACGACUCCCCAGGGAGCUCUCUUGUGACAGAGUUUAAUCUAGUGUGUGAGGACUCCUGGAAGCUGGACCUCUUCCAGUCAUGUGUGAAUGCUGGGUUUUUUAUUGGAUCCAUGAGUAUUGGCUACAUAGCAGACAGGUUUGGUCGCAAACUCUGCCUUCUGGUCACAGUCCUCAUCAAUGCAGUUUCGGGGGUUCUGAUGGCCUUUGCACCAAGCUACACCUGGACAGUGAUCUUCCGCCUGAUACAGGGACUGGUCAGCAAGGGGGGCUGGCUGACAGGCUACGUGCUCAUUGCAGAAUUUGUUGGCUCAGACUACCGGAGGGCAGUGGGCAUCACUUACCAGCUUGCCUUCACCCUGGGACUCCUCAUCUUCACCGCCCUGGCUUAUGCGCUUCCACGCUGGAGGUGGCUCCAGCUCGCGGUCACACUGCCCAAUUUCUUUUUCCUUCUCUACUAUUGGUGUCUGCCUGAGUCUCCCAGGUGGCUAAUAGCUCAAAAGCAAAAUGAUAAAGCUAUGGAAGUUAUUAAGCGCAUUGCCAAGGGAAAUAAGAAGAAGCUACCUCUUGCUUUCCAGAAUCUCAGCUCUGAAGAUGAAGAUGGAGAAAAGUUGAAACCUUCAUUUCUAGACCUGGUCAGGACACCUCAGAUCAGAAAAUACACAUUCAUUUUGAUGUACAGUUGGUUCACAAGCUCUGUCCUCUACCAGGGGCUCAUCAUGCACAUGGGAAUAGCCUCUGGAAACAUGUAUCUGGAUUUCCUCUAUUCGGCUCUUGUGGAGUUCCCAGCCGCCUUCAUCCUCAUGUUAACACUGGAUCGCAUUGGCCGUCGCUACACCUGGGCUGCAGCUAACGUGGUGACCGGGGCUGCUUGCCUGGUUACGGCAUUUGUCCCAGACACUCUUUAUUGGCUUAAAAUGACUGCAGCUUGCUUGGGCAGGAUGGGAAUUACCAUGUGCUAUGAAAUUAUAUGUGUGGUAAAUCCUGAGCUAUAUCCGACAUUUCUCAGGAAUCUGGGAGUCCUAGUCUGCUCAUCCCUGUGUGACCUCGGUGGGAUCAUAACACCCUUCCUUGUGUACAGACUGGCAGAGCUCUGGCACGAACUGCCCCUCAUCAUCUUUGCUGUGAUUGUUCUAAUAGACAGUGGCUUAGUUUUGCUCCUACCUGAAAUGAAGGGAAAGGCUCUGCCUGAAACCAUUGAAGAUGCUGAAAAUCUGCACAGGUAUGGCAUUAAGCAACUUCAAGGCAGAGCAACUCUCCUUUACAUCUGCAAAGUCUGCUAA